GAGCCCACCUGAUGACCAGUAUUAUUCGGCCUUCCGCAUUGGCCUGUCUAUCUCCCAUCGCCUGGUCCGUUCGCCACCGCCCUCUCUCUCCUCGAGCCGUAUAGCUCUCUGUCUCCAGUUUCUCUCUCCUCUGUGUCCCUGUACUUGUCUGUCUCUUUGCUUCGGUGCCCAAGUCUUAUCCUUUGUCCAUUGGCAAGAAUUUUACUGGAUCAGUUGGAAAGAGAACUCCUAGGGUUUCGCAAAUUUGUUCCUUUUUUUCCCUCGGUUGUCUUCUGGGUUUUUGGGUGGUGGGCGCUGUUGAAUGAGGUCGUCUCUCUGAAACUCAUUCCUCCCUUGAAUUGAAUACUACUUGUGUUUGGAGAUUUUUCUGGCUUGGUUGUGGAGCAUGGCGGGUGGCAACGAAGUCAACCUUAACGAGUGCAAGAGAAUUGUCCCACUCAACACAUGGGUUCUCAUUUCUAACUUCAAGCUAGCUUACAAUAUCCUCCGCCGACCCGACGGAACCUUCAACCGAGACCUCGCUGAGUUUCUCGACCGGAAAGUCCCUGCCAACACCAUUCCCGUGGACGGCGUUUUCUCCUUCGACCACGUCGACAGAGCCACCGGCCUUCUCAACAGGGUCUACCAACUUGCGCCUCAGGACCAGUCUCGUUGGAGCGCCGUUGAGCUCCAAGAGCCCCUUAGCACCACCGAGAUUGUCCCCGUCGUGAUUUUCUUCCACGGCGGCAGUUUCACUCACUCCUCCGCCAACAGCGCUAUCUACGACACGUUCUGCCGCCGCCUCGUCAAAAUCUGCGGCGUCGUUGUGGUCUCUGUGAACUACCGGAGAUCGCCGGAGCACCGGUUCCCGUGCGCAUACGACGACGGCUGGGCCGCUCUCAACUGGGUCAAAUCAAGAAAGUGGCUUCAGAGCGGAAAAGACUCCAAGGUUUAUGUCUAUUUGGCGGGAGACAGCUCAGGUGGCAACAUAGCCCAUCACGUUGCUGUGAGAGCAGCCGGGGAAGGUGUUGAAGUGUUGGGUAACGUUCUUCUACAUCCGAUGUUUGGUGGGCAAGAGAGGACCGAGUCCGAGAAAAGACUGGAUGGCAAGUACUUUGUGACAACACAGGACCGAGACUGGUACUGGAGGGCUUAUCUGCCGGAAGGAGAAGACAGGGAUCACCCUGCCUGUAACCCGUUUGGCCCGCGAGGCCCUAGUGUUAAAGGACUCAACUUUCCCAAGAGCUUAGUUGUUGUGGCCGGUCUAGACCUCGUUCAGGACUGGCAAUUGGCUUAUGUCGAAGGGCUCAAGAAGGCCGGGCAUGAUGUUAAGCUUCUGUUCUUGAAAGAGGCAACCAUCGGGUUCUACUUCUUGCCCAAUAACGAUCACUUCCAUUGCCUUAUGGAAGAGAUGAGCAGCUUUGUGCAUUCUAACAGUGAAUAGUUCGAUCAGUGGCGUUUAUAGGGGGGACUGGUGUUACUGCAUACGUAAAAGAAGCCCCUUUUGUGGGCUUGUACAGUUUUACGAGUCUUUGUAGAUCUUACUAGUACUUAACCGGGUUUCUGUUUCUUGGUCCUGAAGCGUCAGACAUUUGGUAGCUGUGGGGGAUCGGGGGGAGCCCUCGAGCCAAAACCACCUCGGUUCUGCGUAGGAGUGCUUUUGUCCCGCCCAGCUUCUCCGGUUUAGGGUUGAA